CACCAGUUCCAGAAGGAUUUUCUUCUCAAAUCACUUUACAAUUCAUAUCCAAAGAUAUAUAAUCAUAUCAAACAUAUCCUAUAGAAAGAUUCAGUUUCGACAGAUUCCAGGCUAGUCAGAGUUGGAUGGAGCUGAGUACAAGGCAAUAGUGGAAGAAAACCUGUAAGCGGAUGUAGAAGAUUUGAAACAGUAGCAGAGGUUCAUCUUCAAAGCUGGCAGAACCAUAUCCCAAAAGACUUGCAGCAGUCGUACUUUCUGCUGCAGGUGGUGUUACAAACUAUUCACUCAGGGGGUUGAAUACACAUUCACGAGAAACUUCUCAGAUUUUAUUUGUAGUUUAUUGAAAAACCUGUAUUAUCUUCCUUCGACUUUACUACCAUGAGAUGGUCUUUGACAUAGAUGCCAAUAAUACACAGACGUAUGCGGUUGUAUGUAGACAAAAUGCCGAAUACGUAACAUAAACAGUAAAAACGACGCUGCAUGUUAUUAAUGACAUUUACAUAUUUAUUUCUAAUUCUUCAACGCUAAUUUAACAGGUCCACGUAAAUCUAUCAGUAAUCCGACCGACAGGUAGCCAAUGAGAGCGCCCUGCCGCACGAGCCUGCGCCUCCCCGGCACAGCAUCCCGCGCGCUCAUUGGACGGGCGGAAGGAACCCUGAGAUGUUACACGAGCCGCUCGCGUGCAGGCCGUGAUUCUAUAAAUACCGAGCCGAGCGAUAAAAUCCAAAGUGAAACAGUUUGGCUCGGACACGCAGCGGACUGCAACCCUGAAGGCUGCCAGGAGACGGCGGAACUCUUAGCUUUUUGUUGCUCCUCGCUUGGCUGCCGUCAUUAACUGCUGACCUGAAGAUGCCAGCCGGUACUUUCGAAAGAGCAUCUCCAUCUGCCGUGGCAGCUAUCCCGACCAGAAGCGACUCCACACCAGGGAAACCUCGCUCUCUGUCAGAGAACAGAAAGUCCUCCAAACCAAUUAUGGAGAAGCGGCGACGCGCUCGCAUCAAUGAGAGUCUGGGUCAGCUGAAGACCCUCAUCCUGGACGCGCUCAGGAAAGACAGCUCCAGGCACUCCAAGCUAGAGAAGGCGGACAUCCUUGAGAUGACCGUGAAGCACCUGAGGAACCUGCAACGGCUUCAGAUGACAGCUGCGUUAAACACAGACCCAUCCAUCCUGGGGAAGUACAGAGCUGGAUUCAGUGAGUGCGUCGGAGAGGUUACCCGUUUCCUGUCCACGUGUGAAGGGGUCACUACAGAGGUGAGAACCCGCCUCCUUGGUCACCUUGCAGCCCGUGUGACCCAGAUUAAUUCCGUGAACCUGCACGGACCUCACCUCGGAGACCUGGGACAGACCAGUGGUACGCAGAUCACAGCGUCUUCGAGCCCACGGGUGCCGCUCAAAGGUGGCUCGGUUUCCCCUGAAGCAGUAAAGCUGUAUGGGGGCUUCCAGGUUGUGGCAUCACCAGAUGGACAGUUUGCUUUUUUUAUUCCCAGUGCAGCUCUCGCGCCUCUGAGUGUAAAACACAGCCAUCAUGUGUCACCUGUGGUACCUGCGGUCACCUCAGACUCUGUGUGGAGGCCGUGGUAGGAACCAUAGAGGGGGAAAAAGGACAAUGAGACAAUAAAUAAUAUUUUUUGUACAUAAUAUACAUAUUUUAGGGAACAUUUCUUAACAUAUUGUUUUAUCAACAUUUGUGUUUGUAUUCAAGCAUAGGAAGAGAUGUUUCUCUGCCUCUUCGCCUUAAUCGGCAUAUUCAAUUCUGGUCAGUCUUGAAAGGCACUGUAUGUUCAUGAAUAAAUAAAAUGUGGUAUAAUGU